AGUCACAGAUGAAAGUUUCAGAGGAGGAAGGAAGUUGCAGGAGGAUGUCGUGACUUAGUCUGGCUGCUGCAGGGAGGGGAAGCAGAGCUUGCAGCAGCCGGAUCCCCCACCCCUGUCUUUCUGCCCUGCGUUUCCUCUCUAGAGCAUCCCCCUUGCUGGGCAUGCAGGCUGCAGAGCACCAGGAGGAGAAGGAAGAGGAGGAAGGCAGUGGCUGUGAGCCUGAAGGGGCCUUUAGGAAGAACGCCUUCCAGCUGACGGUGGAGGAUGUCUACGACAUGUCCUACGUCCUGGGCAGAGAGCUGCACAAGAUCAGCAGCGAGCCUCGGGCGGAGAUGCCGGCCCAGGUGGCCCAGCUGCAGUUCAAGGUGGUGAGCGUCCUGGAGAUGCUGGAGGUCCUGGUGAAUGACAGCAAUCUGACGGUGGAGGCCCUCAAGAUGGAGAGGGACAGCCUCAAGAGGGAGGUGGAGGAGCUCCGGGAACAGGGCGCCCACGGAACCGCGGAACAGGUCAGCCUGGGCCCCAACAAGUUGGUGGUGGACCUGACAGACGCCAACCGGCCUCGCUUCACGCUGCAGGAGCUGAGGGAAGUGCUCCAGGAACGCAACCAGCUGAAGGCCCAGCUGAUGGUGGCGCAGGAGGAGCUGCAGUGCUACAAAAGCAGUUCUGUGUCCCAGACGCAGAAUCCAGUCGAGCUGAUCCACAAGGAGUCCACCGUAGGCAGCACUCCUGGAUCAGGAAGUGAAGAGAAAACCAUGAUAAAAAGACUGUUUGGUUUUAAAAGGCCGCGAUGAAGAGCUUCCUUCCCAUGACUCAAAGGAAACAGAAGGCCGGGAAGCGGGACAGAUGAAGACAGUAUCAAGCUGAAUUGUUGUUUUUUUGUGAUCUCUUGAUGUUUCAGGAUGUGUUGAUUUUUCCAACUUUACCAGGGCUUUUUUUGAGCGGGAGUGCACAACAACGCAGUUCCAGCUGGCCUGGUGUCAGGGGGGUAGGCCUAAGAUGCAAAUUAGUUCCAGCUGGGCUUUUACAACAACAACAAAAAAUACCCUGAACGUCACUUUAAUUCCCUAUUUGUGUGUUGCAGUUUCUGGAAAGCGGGACCAUUUCCCCAUCUUACAAAGGUCAACCUAGUCCUGGAAAAUCCUUUUGGUUUACGACGGACAAAAAUAAAUCCAUGCACUUUUGUUUUUAGUA